AUGUUCAAGACUCUCCUGGUUUCUGGUCUGAUAGCCUCCGGGCUCGCCGCACCCGGUAUGAUAUUCAACUGUAACGACAACCUCCAAGAUAUCUGCAACAACAUGUGCUGGGGCGCUUACUGCACUAGACCAUCAUUCGGAGUAACACUGGACUAUGACCGCUAUGGUGGUACUGGGAAUCGUGACAGUGCUGUCGGAAGAGCCCGUCAAAGAUCGGCUGGCUGUCUUCCGAGGCCCAACCGUUGCAGUACGGCCGGUGGUAAUCCGCGUGCUGGCGAGAACUGCGACGAGUAUCCAUUCGCCAGUACCUCUGAUGCCGAUGCGGGUGGUCAAGUCACCAAGUGUGUCAUCAGUAGGCACAACAGCCGUCAAGGCCGUAUCAUCCAACAAUACUACACCGGCACAUGCAACAGCCAGCCCUGCCAGUUCAUCGUGGGCUUCGGCAAUCCGGCCGCAAAUGGAGUGCAAUACUGUCAAGCUUACAAUGAUCCUCAUGGUCAGUGUAUCAAUAACCAGACUGCGCGAAUCUACAAGAACGGCGCCCCAGAUGUGCGUCCAGCAACGAAGAAGCGCUCUGAGCUUGAGUCUAUCGCACAGGCUGCGCUCUUCCGAAUGGCUAGUGGCAUGGAAGUACUGUUGCCAAUCGACACUGUACUCAACAGCACUUGGGUCCACCCCACUCCUCGCAACAUGACUAUGAAAGCAUGGGUCGAGGAAAACGACGAGGACGAAGACCACAUUGCCUGGGACUUUGUCGAGGACUUUGUCGCUACUAGGCUUGACUAA